CCCUAUAAAAUUUGCUUACUAGUGAAAAACCCGGCGACCACAUCAAAACACGAGCCCCCCAAAACUCGUCACAAGCAAGCCCCCUCUCCCCCUUUCCCCUCCCUCGCUUCGCUUGCUCAGCGGAUUCCUCCCUUCCGAGCUCGGAGAUGGCAAACGCAGCAUCAGGAGUUGCGGUGAAUGAUGAGUGCAUGCUGAAGUUCAGCGAGCUGCAGUCUAAGAGGCUGCACCGUUUCAUAACUUUCAAGAUGGACAAUCAGUUUAAGGAGGUUGUUGUGGACCAGAUUGGGGAUCGCACAACAAGCUAUGAGGAUUUCACGAGCACCCUACCUGAAAAUGACUGCCGUUACGCAAUCUAUGACUUCGACUUUGUUACUGCUGAGGAUGUCCAAAAGAGCAGGAUAUUCUAUAUCCUAUGGUCCCCAUCCUCUGCAAAGGUGAAGAGCAAGAUGCUGUACGCGAGCUCAAACCAAAAAUUCAAGAGUGGGCUCAAUGGCAUUCAAGUGGAACUGCAAGCUACCGAUGCUAGUGAAAUCAGCCUUGAUGAGAUCAAGGAUCGAGCGCGCUAGGCAACAUCAUGCGUUUCAUGAUCAUGCAUUGUGGACUUGCCUGCUACUCAGGAUUUAUGUGCCAUCAUAGGCUUUUGGUGGUAUGAAGAACUUGCUUGAUGAUUUGUCAGUUUGUUGCUGUGUAAAAAGAUCCUCGUGGCUUCCAGAAAGCAUGACGGUUUGGAUCUAUCAUGUAAUUCCCUGUUGUCUGCCCGUUAUCUAUGGUCAUGUGUUCCCUGGUACAGCCCCGUUGUCUGCACCGUUCAAGUUACAGAAUAAGUAAUUGAUAUGUUCUCUA